AUGGUCCUCUUCGAUUCAACUGAAGACUUUCCUUCUGAUGCUGGAAUAUCAGUCCUUUUGGAAGGAGAAGAUCAUGCAUUCACAUGCAUGGUACUAGACAUAAACCACGAAGUAGAACUUGUCUGGACCUUGGCUGGUCGGCGAAUAAAACAAGCCAGUAACAGAAGCGUCGACACCAUCGACGGAUUGAGCGUUAGCAGCAGUGUUGUUGUGUCGCCUAACAGAGAGAUCCACGGACAGACACUACAAUGUAAAGCGUUCGACACAGACGGUGAGCUGAUCGACAGUAUGACUGUAACAAUCGCUGUAAAGGUGAAACCAAAGUCAUCAUUAAUGUCCCUGACUGGUGCCAGUGGAAACAGACUUAGACCUGGUGGCACAGUGAACGUUGCGACUGGUAUAGCAUACACCUUUACUUGUGAGACAAAGGAUACGUGGCCUGAAACCAAAAUUGAGUGGUAUCUUGGUGACAUCAGGAGAGAUACACAUAGACCUACUUUUACAGGAAGCGAUGAUUUGGUCACCACAAGAGACAGUUGGGCAUUAACUCCUACCUCAGAAAGCAAUGGACUGGAGCUGCGGUGUGUGGCAAGUAUCGAGGAGCCAUUCGACGCUCAGGCAUCUCUUGUAGUCAGAGUGGUUGUCAAUUCGACAGUAGGUCUCAACUGUACCUUUGAAGAAGGGUGGUGUGGUUGGAAGCAGUCAAAACAAGACCGUACAGACUGGACACUCCAGGCAGGCUCGACAUAUCCUUCUUCUACUGGUCCCGAUUAUGACAAGACUGUAGGAGAUUACAGAGGCCGUUAUGCCAGCUUUCAUCCAUACUACUCGUCUGACGGCACCAACGCUGUGCUUAUCAGCCCUGCAGUUGUUCCAAGCAAAGAACAGAUCGGUAACCACGCGUGGUGUUUCAGUUUCUGGUACAACAUGUACGGAAGCAAUAUGGGUACUCUAAAUGUGUCUCGUGUGCCUGUUGGCGGAUCAGUCACCGGAGGUGAAGUUCUCUUUUCAAGAAGCGGUGAGCAAACGAAUGGAACAACCUGGCUGGAGGCUGAGAUUUGUGUCACGAAUUUAUCUUCAAGCUUUCUCAUAGCAUUUGAAGCAAUUCGUGUCAACGGUCGCUUGUCAGAUAUCGCCAUCGAUGACUUGACAUACCAAGUGGCCAAGACAUCUAUCAUAUUAUUUGACUGGUUUGGACACAAUUUUUCCAUGGGAGACACAGUUUAUGCGUCUGGACGAGACUGCACUCGAUUCACUUGCAGAGUACCUGAUAUUAGAACACCCGUCUCGCUCAUGUGGACGCUAGGGGGACUCGAGCUUUCUCCAGACAGUAGCAACAAUCUCACAGAUAGCGACGGUUUCACCACGAGCACCAGUACUGUAACGAUACCUAUUUCUGGGAGCAACCACGGGGAGCUACUGCAGUGUAUGGCAUUUGUUGCAGGGAUACAUCCCGUUGUGAACAUAUUCGUUACUGUUGAUGUGCAAGUUCCUCCAAAGGAAUCCAGUUUAUCCCUUUACGAUUCCGGUGGGAACGUGACAAGUGGAAGAGCAAGCGUCAUGGAGGGGGCGCGCCACUCUUUGUUGUGCACUGUGCGCCAGACAAGGCCAGCUGCUACCAUACAAUGGUUUCUGAAUGACGCUCUUCAAAGAACUGAUGACCCUGCUUCUGGAGAAAUCAAUGGUUUGGUGGACACCACGAGCAGCUGGACAUUCAUUCCGAGCAGAUCCAAUCAUGGGCACAGGGUGAAGUGUGUCGCGAGAACGGCGGAGUCGCAGCUCCCUCUACCGUUUGCGAUGGUCACAGUGGAUGUUACAGGUCCUCCCGACACUCCUGUUAUAAUAGGCCACCCAUUGAUGACUGCAAAUGAGACCGUUCAACUAACAUGCCGGGCCAGCAACGGAUAUCCUGACGACUGGGAGCUGGUUUGGACAAAUGGGGGCCCGACUCUUGCCGGCACUCACACCACCGCCAUGUCAACAUCGGGCAACCGCUACCGGUUCAGCAGCACGUUAAACUUCUCGCCAACCAGAGAAGAUAAUGGGAACAUGAUCACAUGCUCUGCCAGAAGAGGACCCUGGACUCAAGACCUGACAGGAUUGCUGGGUCCGAUCGACGUCCAAUACUGGCCAGAAUUUUCCGAGCCAUCUGUAAUCCCGUCUAAUCAUGUUGAGGAGGGAGAUGACGUCAUUUUGUCCUGCAUUGUGGACGCCAAUCCCAAGCCGGCUGACUUCAUCACGUGGGAGAAGGUCGGGUCUCCUGGCUCCCUACCCUCCGUCUACAGCAAUGGGACAAGCACACUGUUGCUAAGCAACAUCAGCAGGGAGCGGGCUGGGACGUACAGGUGCCGCGGAGACAACGGUGUACUACCAGUGGCGCAUUCCAGCCUGAUCCAUGUCAUCGUGCGUUAUAAGCCCCAUCCCCCAGGAGCAGUCUCCAUUCAUACUGAGAAACUCUCAUCUGAAUCGCUGACGGUCACGUGGUCUCCGGGCAGCGACGGAGGCGAACCGCAGUGGUUCCGCGUGAACCAUCGGGAACUGAAAACCACUACGGUCUUCAGCCGGAGUACGCAAAGCGGAAGACUCUACGAUGUCAGCGAGUACACAGUGGUCAGUCUGCAGCCCGACACCGAGUAUGAGAUCGAGGUUUAUGCUGAAAACGCCAACGGUGCGAGUGAUGUUUUGACAACAUUUGGAAAGACUCUGCCACCUGUUGCUCACUCAGUCAUCGGCACACCGACAAGCUGGCCGUUUUUAACUGCCAUCAGUGUACUGGGAAUACUUUUGCUCAUCAGCAUCGCGAUACAGACAGUCGGCUGCUACUACCGUAAAAGAAAGAAGCCCAGCCAAAAGAAAAGGAAAACCUUAGAUACCGGUAUGCUCAUUUUCAAAACAAUGGAAACAUUGUCGUUGUUUAACUUAUUCAAAAUUUCUACUUUCUCAACAGAACAACAAAAUGUUUCACAAAGCAGUGGAGCUGGGACUGGAGGGCCAGUCCGGGUCGUUGAAGAUGCAGAAUGCUACGAAAACGUGGGGAUCCCUUUGCAAACCAUUCGCGCAGUCGAAAGUGAUCCGGUUGAGUCUACCUAUGCUGACAUCCCAGAUUGCCGCGCAGCAAUCUCGCGAGAUCAGUUGACCUUCCUUCAAGAACUCACUCAGGGCACCUUCGGAAAGGUGCUACUUGCAAGAGCCGUGGGCAUCGAGCAGCAAGGCCUCGUCACCCGCGUGGCUGUCAAAACUGUAAAAGAUGAAAGCGACCCAAAGGAGAAAGAGAACCUGAUUCGAGAGUUGAAUUCGAUGAAACCUCUCAGUGGUCACGCGAAUAUCGUUAAGCUGCUUGGGUACUGCAUCAACGAAGACCCAAUCUAUGUCAUCAUGGAACACGUGGUGAAUGGGAACCUGAAGGAGAUUUUGACUGAUAGCCGAUCUGAACACGUGUAUGACAACCUGCGAGGGGCUGUGUGUGCAUCCCUCACACCCAAGACUCUCCUUAGUCUGGCCAGGGGCGUGGCCGAAGGCAUGGCUUACUUGGCUUCACAAGGGUGUCUUCAUAAAGACCUUGCCGCUCGCAACGUUCUCGUUAGCGAGGAUAUGGUGGGCAAGAUAUCUGAUUUUGGAUUCGCCAGCGAUGUUGCCGAAAUGAGAACAUACCAACGCAAAAGCACGGGAUUUUCCCCUCUGCGAUGGAUGGCGUUGGAGUCUGUUCUUGAUGACGUGUACACAACAGAGAGUGACGUGUGGUCUUUUGGGGUUCUGCUGUGGGAAAUAGUUACUCUCGGUGGCCACCCAUACCCGACCAUGAGUGCCAAGAAAGUGGUUUCCAAAGUGAAGUCAGGGUACCGGAUGCCCCGUCCCGAUCACUGUCGCAUGCAAUUGUACCAGGUGAUGCGUGCUUGCUGGUCUAAGAACCCGGCAGCCCGACCAACAUUUGCAACAGUCAGUGAGAAACUUGGAGGACUGUUGGACAAAGCUAACGAAUGCAUAUCAUUGGAAACCUGCCAGAAGAGCGUCUACAAAAUGUCGGUCACAGGUGGAUCAGACUUUGAAAAGUUCUAA